CAUGAGUGAAUGAUGGAAGCAUCUCCAACUAUCUUAAGGACUUUAUAUUGAUCUUGUAGCAACAUAAAUUCACUUCGUCUCAUUCCUCUAUAAAUCACUCGCAAGAAUGGUCCUCGCAGCCGUGGGGCAGCUAUGCUCGACUGCGAGUAUGACUGCUAAUCUGGCCCAAUGUCAAAUAUUGGUGCGCAAAGCAGUUGCAGCUGGUGCUAAAGCGCUAUUUCUUCCUGAAGCAGCAGACUACAUCGGCUCCUCCGCUGCAGAGACCGUUUCACUUGCUCGUUCCGCACAGGGCAGUGAAUUUGUGUUGGGACUACAAGAGGAAGCCCGGAAGGCGAAGCUGCAUAUCAACGUUGGCAUCCAUGAGCCGGCUCCAGGCGGCCGAGUAAAGAAUACCCUGGUCUGGAUCGAUGAAAAGGGUGUCAUUUCCCAACGUUACCAGAAGAUUCAUCUAUUUGAUGUAGACAUCAAGGAUGGACCAAUGCUCAAGGAAAGCUCGAGUGUCGAAAAGGGCAUGGAAAUAGUGCCUCCUUUCGAAACACCUGUUGGACGUGUUGGUUUGUCCAUAUGUUUUGACGUAAGUCGUAGAGGGUAUUCCCAUAACGCCGACAGAAGACUGAUUCAAUUUGUUUCCUUGCAGUUACGCUUCCCUGAGAUUAGCCUUGCCCUGAAACGGCAAAAUGCUCAGAUCAUCACUUAUCCUUCAGCAUUCACUGUCCCAACAGGGCGUGCGCACUGGGAGACAUUGUUGAGAGCUAGAGCCAUUGAGACUCAAUCCUAUGUGAUAGCAGCAGCUCAAGCUGGUCCCCACAACGAGAAAAGACGAAGCUACGGUCAUUCUCUGAUUGUAAACCCUUGGGGUGAAAUUGUGGCUCAACUCGGGGAUGAGUAUGAAGAGCCACAGAUUGCAGUGGCGCACAUUGAUUUUGACCUUUUAGACAAAGUCAGACGAGAAAUGCCGCUACUCAGGAGGACAGACGUCUACCCGGAAAUUUAGGAACUGUUCGCACAAGUCUAUGUCAAACGCGAUUGUACAUUUAACAUCAAGUCUAUGAUAUAACGGAAUCCUCGACAGCUUUAUCACACGC